CAUCCCCCUCAGAGUGUGGGAGCUGUGGGCGCUGCUGGCAGGGUUAUUUCCCUUAGUGCCAGCAGCCCCUACACGGAAAGACAGAUGUGAUCCACCACCAGUGAGAAGCCGGUAUGAUGAAUUAUCUUUUUUUGGACGCGGAUCAGGACCUCUGGGCUCAUCAACACCAGCCAUGACAAGAACCUCUUCUCUAGGCCAGAGCCCAUUGGUUGGAAGGAUGCCAUCAACUCCAGGAGCAGCUCCGAGUACAUUCAGUCGUGGAAGUGGGUGGCAGCGAAGGACGACACUCCCUCCUCUGCAGCCAGAUGGGUUUUAUGCUCCGCUUUAUCGCCUCAGAUCAGAGGAUCAAGGUCACGGCAGAUGGGUCACGGUGUAUGGAUUCCCUCAAGCAUCAGCUUCCUACAUUCUUCAUCAUUUUGCUCAAUAUGGAAACAUAUUAAAGCAUGUGAUGUCCACCACGGGGAACUGGAUGCAUAUUUGCUAUCAGACAACUCUGCAAGCCCGGAAAGCCCUGAGCAGUGACGGAAGAUAUUUUGGGAACUGCUUCAGGAUUGGUGUCGAGCCCUGCAGAGAUAUCUGGUUGAAAGGGUCGCCCGUGGAACCCUCUGUGCUGCUGGGAAGUGCUAGUGCACAGGGUUGUGUUGCUGUGCCAGAUGGGAAGGGAAACCGCAAGAGAGGAGACACUUGA